UAAGAGUUGUCAAAGGUUUUUUCUUCUUCUUUUUUUAAGGGGGUGGGGGGGCUGGUUGUGGAAUAUCCGAAAGGGGAGCAAGGGCGGCAACGGUGGUACGAUGCCGAAUAAAACGAAGAAAGACAAGGAGUCCCUAAAGUCUGGCAAAGCAGCAAAGGGUGGAGGACAAGAGAACUCUGAACACGAGCAGAGCGCCAACAGGAAGGCGGGCAACAACGUUCCUCCCACCACUCAGCUGCUGAAGGGGAAGCAGCCAGGUUCCCAGACUCCCGUCAAGAAGGACAAGAGGCCGAGCUCCUCUCGUUUCAGCUUGAGCAACAACCGGGAGCUGCAGAAACUGCCCGCUUUCAAAGACGUCCCCCCCGCCGACCAGGAGAAGCUGUUCAUCCAGAAGUUGCGGCAGUGCUGCGUCCUCUUCGAUUUCAUCUCGGACCCGCUGAGCGACCUGAAAUGGAAGGAGGUGAAGCGGGCGGCCAUCAGCGAGAUGGUGGAGUACAUCACCCACAACAGGAACGUCAUCACGGAACCCAUCUACCCGGAGGUGGUUCACAUGUUUGCUGUGAAUAUGUUCAGGACGUUGCCGCCGUCAUCAAACCCCACCGGUGCCGAGUUUGACCCAGAGGAAGAUGAGCCCACGCUAGAGGCCGCAUGGCCACAUCUACAGCUCGUCUAUGAAUUCUUCCUGCGGUUCUUAGAGUCACCUGACUUUCAACCAAACGUAGCCAAAAAGUAUAUCGACCAGAAGUUUGUAAUGCAGCUCUUGGACCUGUUUGACAGCGAGGACCCCAGAGAGAGAGACUUUUUAAAGACCACUCUGCAUCGCAUCUACGGCAAGUUCCUGGGCCUGCGAGCGUACAUUAGGAAACACAUUAAUAACAUAUUUUAUAGGUUCAUUUAUGAGACCGAACAUCAUAAUGGAAUAGCAGAAUUACUGGAAAUAUUAGGCAGCAUAAUCAACGGCUUCGCGCUGCCUUUGAAAGAAGAGCACAAGAUAUUCCUGCUGAAGGUCCUGCUGCCGCUGCACAAGGUCAAGUCUCUCAGCGUGUAUCACCCACAGCUGGCUUACUGUGUGGUCCAGUUCUUAGAGAAGGAUAGCACCCUCACAGAGCCGACGGUCAUGGCUCUGUUGAAGUAUUGGCCCAAGACCCACAGUCCAAAAGAGGUGAUGUUCCUCAACGAGCUGGAGGAGAUCCUGGACGUCAUCGAGCCCUCGGAGUUCGUCAAAGUCAUGGAGCCCCUCUUCCGACAGCUGGCCAAGUGUGUGUCCAGCCCGCACUUUCAGGUGGCGGAGCGAGCUUUGUACUACUGGAACAACGAGUACAUCAUGAGCCUCAUCAGUGACAACGCCGCCAAGAUCCUGCCCAUCAUGUUCCCGUCCCUCUACCGCAACUCCAAGACCCACUGGAACAAGACGAUCCACGGGUUGAUCUACAACGCUCUGAAGCUCUUCAUGGAGAUGAACCAGAAGCUGUUUGACGACUGCACCCAGCAGUUCAGGGCCGAGAAGAGCAAAGAAAAAGCCAAAUGGAAAGAGAGAGAAGAAGCCUGGCUGAAGAUUGAGAAUCUUGCGAAGUCGAACCCACAGUUCCUGGUGUACGUGGACUCGAGGGGCCCGAGCUGUCCCACGGACACGGAGGCCGACGGGCCGCUGCUCCACGACGCCGCCACGCUCAAGAGAGCCGUGGAGGAGGAGGCCACGCAGAUCCAGAACGAGCAGCGGCGGGAGCGCCCGCUGAUGAGGAGGAAGUCGGAGCUGCCCCGGGACUCUGCAACCGUCACGGCCUUGGAGCUGCACCGGAGAGCCGACGAAAUGUUGACGACUCAUGACGGCCACUAAGAGACCCCCCCCCCCCCCCCCUCCCCCCCCACCCCUCCCCUACCUACCUGCCUACCACCACCAGAUCCACCAUAAACCAUCAGCAGCAUCCACAGAGGAACCGCAGCGCGACAGCAGAGCUCUGGUACCCGAGUCCAGCACAAGCACAGAAGUGAACAGUCCCACCUGACGCAGGAAAUGCCCCCCCCCCCCCCCCAUCGUCACUCGCGGCCCCCGAACCGCACCCGACAGACUGUCGUUAAAUCGCUUUAUUCUGUUCAUUUUUGUUUUUGCUCUCCACUGGUUGGUUUUCGGGGCGCUGUGCCGCCCCCCUCUGGUCAUUUCUCUCAGGUGUUCCGUUCAGUCUUCUCUUCUUUGUGGAUGUCAGGUGCUUGUAAAAAAAAAAAUAAUAAUAAUAAUAAUGAGCCUUCUCAGUUCCAGAAGAAAAAAAAAAAAGAAGUAAAAAGCUUCAGUUGAUAAGAAAAUGUCAGUAGUUUCUAUAUAUAUUUAAUAAGUAUAAUUCUCAUAACAAUACAACUAGAUGGCUGUUUAUAUUUUAUUUUUUCCUACAUAGUAUAUUAGGAGCUCCUCUCAGAGUGAAAUACACGUCUUCUCUGUAUAAACGCUCUGUUUGAAGCUGGCUUUUUUUUCUCCAUCAGCCGUGAAGAUUGUUGUGGCGAUCAAACUUUCCUCCGAAGGUUCUCGGCACCAAACGUCUCAUUCAUUUAGUUCCUUUUGGUUAAAACAGAAAAACCCUUGAUGGAUGGGGGGGGGGGGGGGGCGCAGUGAUCACUCUUUCUGCUCUCCUCAAGCCAGACCCUUCCGUUCAUAGAAGACGCGUUGGUCUGCUCCUCAGACGGGUGCGGUGGGUGUGGAGAGGUCCAUCGUCAGCCUUUCUUCUCACAGUGCCUUUCACAGUCUCACCGGGACGUUCUUGCUCAACCGAGAAUUGAGUGGCGUCGUCGACUCAAAACGCCACACACACACACACACACAC